CAGAAGCUGGCCGUGCGGAGCUGCCCCGCCGCGGUGCUGGUGGGCAGCGCAGCAGGGAACGGCGGCGCCAGCGGCAGCAGCACCAAACCACCGGCGGUGCCGGCGCUCCUCAAAGCGCCCGCAGGAGGAGGAGGAGGAGGAGGAGGAAGCGGCCCCAGCUCCGGCCCUCCGAGCGUGGCGCUCACCGUGCUCCCGUCCAAGGGUCCCGUGGCCAUGGUGACCGCGCACCUGAACGGCGGCCUGGGAUGCAGCGCCGAGCAGAGCGCGCCCAUCAACCUGCAGACCAAAGGGGGCUGCGGUGCCCGCCGCGCGCGCCCCGGGCCGGGAUCCCAGAGCCAGGCUUUGGGAACCAUUGCAGCUGUGCCGAUUACAGUACCUCAGGUGAGCUCCUUGCAGAGGUUGGCAGGACAAAGACCAGCAGUGCUACCUCAGGUUAGGCCAAAGACCCUGAUUCCAGGCAGCCUCCCUAUAUCUCCAUGCAGAGACCAACCUUCCAAACAACCUCCUGCGUUCCAAAAGGCAACUGUAGUCAGCAUCAAAAACCCCGCACCUGCCCUUCCCACUGCCAAUAAUACUGUUAGCCAUGUACAGACGCCCAACGGCCAAUCACAAAGUGUCACGGAGUCUACAGCGACUGUGUCCGCACCCCUGAGCACCACAGGUGUGGCCUAUGCCAUCAUCUCCACGUCCCCCAACAAUGCAGCUCCUAUCAACACCAGUGCCACUAUUUCAGUGGUUAAUGACGGCAUUAAAGUGCAACCACUCCUCAUCAGCACUGACAGCAAGGUCAUCAUCAUUCAGCCUCAAGUUCAAACCCAAACAGAGAAUAAAGUGGAGACAAAGAAAGCUCCCGAAGAGUCAGCUCAGGGACCCCCUGCUACCAAAAAGAAAAAAGAGGAAAGCCCAGAGAAAAUUGCCUUUAUGGUAGCAUUAGGCCUGGUUACGACAGAAUACUUGGAAGAAAUCCAAAGCAAGCGUCAGGAGAGGAAAAGGAGGAGCACAGCCAACCCAGCCUACAGUGGGCUUUUGGAAACGGAGAGGAAACGUCUUGCAUCAAAUUAUUUGAACAAUCCCUUGUUUCUGUCCACAAGAGCCAAUGAGGAUCCAUCUUGGCAGAAUGAGGUCAGCCAUGAUGAAUAUUGUUCAGCAUGUAAGCGUGGUGCCAAUUUGCAGUCCUGUGGAACAUGCCCCAGAGCCUAUCACCUCAACUGCUUGGACCCUCCUUUGAAGACUGUUCCCAAAGGGGUCUGGGUCUGUCCUAAGUGCCAAGAAAAGGUGUUGAAGAAAGAUGGAAAUGUGCCAUGGGCUGGAACUCUGGCGAUUGUUCAGUCCUACGUUACUCAUAAAACAGUCAAAGAGGAAGAGAAGAGGAAGUUAUUAAAGAGAAGCAGUGAACUGAGGGGAGAACACAGGAAGCUAGAGGAAAAGGAACACUUUCUCAAUAAUGCAAUGAAGAAGUGCUUAGAGCGAAAAAACAGCCUAUUGGCCCAGCAGAAAGGGGUUCAAUCAUCGCUGGAACGCCUCAAAACUCUCAUUAGACUGAUACAGAAUGAGCAGAUGAUUCAGGUUACCAUGACAACCACCACCACCUCCUCCCUGCUAACCGUCCCCUGGAUCAAACCGUCUUCUGCCUCAGCUGCCGCCGUACACAAAGCCUUGCAGCCGACACAGGGGAACAACUGACAGGGGCUGCCUGGAAACCUAGUUUUUUUCUUUUUUUGAAAGAAAACAAAAGGUGAACUUUAGAUAGACGCAAACACAAUAGAUGUGGAAAUACUGCAACUGCAUCGAGAAGGAGACUUGAGGGGAGGCGGGGGAAUGGAAAGACGUUGUUGUCAAUUUUUAUUACACCAGGAUGUUGGGGAAAACACCCAGUUGACUUAGCUGGUGUUAUGGCAACUUUCUACGAAGCAGACCCUGCUGCAGUUUUCUAUUGCUGAGAUCUUCAAUACUUAGGAUAUUUCUUUCUUUCUUUUGUUGCAUUGGCCUUAAAGUAUUUAAUGGAUAAGGAAAAUGAAGCAGCAUAUGUUGGCCAAUGAGGGGGAGUGUGGUGGUGGAAUGGAAUGGAGCAUCCUUGGGGAGGGAAGGUGGACUUUUAAAAGUUCUCAUUUUGAAGGAGAAAUAGUUUUAAAAGCAAAGAGAUAGUUAGCUAGUAUGCAGGUAGUUGGUAGGGGUGCAGGAAUGGUUAAUUGGUGACAGUGAAAAAUGGAAUAGCUUGGAAAUCAACAUGGAUUCCUGGUUGUUGUUUUUUAAAUGAACAAGGUCUGCCACAUUGAUUCAGGUUGAAGUGGACAUGGGGCUAUUUGAGAAGAAUUGCAUUUGUGGGACACUCACAGAGCCUUCAAAAUCAAAUCAUUUUUUCAGUAUUAUAGUUGAGAAUUACAGAUAUUUAAAUAAAAAUGUAUGAAAUUAGCAUUUCUAGUGAAAUAUUGAAGUAUUUUCAUGCUGAUGCUUCUUGUACAUGCGUUCUGAAGUAUUUAAAGAGGUAUGCCUGUAAAACCCCUUAAUUUUGCAGGGCCUUUCAACUUAUUUUGCUAUUGAUGUAUUUUUCUCAUGGAGUUUUUUGUGCAAGGUUUAGCAUAAACCAUAAUAGUGACAAAUAUCUUCAGCAGGUUGGAUCUUUGUUAUUAUUUGAGCGGGGGCGGGGUCAGAUUUUUUUUUUUAAAGAAAGAAAGCAAAUAAUCUUUUUUGCUGCUGCUUUUUUUUUUCCCUGUCGAGACAGUACAAAUGAUAUGCCAAAAAACUUUACACUUUUGUACUGCAUUUUUAUUGUAAAAUAGGGAAUGUGAAAAAAUGAUUAUUCUUUAUUUUGUUUUAUUUCACUUGCAGAAGUAUCUGCUAAAUAGUACAGGAAAUAAACUGCCUCAAGGGGUUGUUCCAUUUA